AUGACUCUUAAAACAAUGGGAAUAGCAAUUAAUAAUCCUGUAGAAUGCAAUGAAUCGCUACCUAUACCAGGAAAAGAUAAAGAAAAUUAUCUAUUUAAAUUAGCUUAUGCGAGAGCAACAUUUACAGAUUCGAACUGGCAGGUUUCGGAGAAUAUCUGCAAAAUUAGAACCGAACACAAAGACAAAAUUCUUGAAAAAAUCGAAGCUAACGACGAUGAAAAUGUUAGCUUGGGUGCGAUGAUUGCAUUGGGUGCUGAAAUAUUUGAUUCAGAAGUUACAAGAUACAUCAAGAUCAAAGGAAAGACAGAGCUUGCAAAUAAUCAUGACGUGGAUGUUCAAAGGAAUUCUCAAGCUUGUUUCCAAAUUGAUCCUCCAAAGUUUAAUGUUACUGCCAAAUUAACAGCGAAAAUGAUUGAGUUUAUCGAUAAAGUUGAUCUUGAUAUCCAAGCAACACCUUCUCAAAAACCAGCUGACAAUUCACAAAAACCAUUGGAUACUCCACAAAAAAUUGCAGAAAAGGCAAUCAAAAAUUGCAUUAUUUUGUCAUUUUUAUCAAAAUUAUUUGAUGCUGUAUCUGACAAGAACAAAUUUGCUGAAAAAUUCCCGAAGAUGAAGGAAAUAUGCAAGAAGUUCAAAGAUACAAUAGUUCCAAAUUACACAAACUCCAAGUACUCUUACUUCAUCAGACAGCAGCUGAAAAGAGUUUGUGAAAAGAAUGGUAUUAAAGACAAAUUUAUUCCUUUGACACAUUGCGGUGAAUGCAAGGAUUCUAUGUUCAAUGUCCUUAUUAUCUUCCAGAAAUUAAUAGCGAAAUGGCAUUGA